GUCAUUAGAUCCGAACUACUUUCACAAGCUUCAGCUAAUUCCCUGACUAACCUGUGCCUGGACUAAAGCUUUUAUAACAAUGUGAUUCUAAAAAAAUUCCCACAGAAACUAGAGGGUAACAUUACAAAUUUGCUUGGCCUUAAUCCAGAGCUAUUUUAACACUAUCUUUUAUCACAUAACUUACUCCAUUUGAACUUUUUUUUUAAGUGUGGCCUCCUUCACAUCUUGUGCUUGUACUAUUUUAAAGAGAAAAACAAUGUAAGGUCUUGUAAAACAAUUUUGUUUGCCUUGAAAUUUAUUUAGAAAUUUUAGAAAUUUUGUGUAUAUACUCUCUGAGCUUUAUUCUGAGUCCAGAAGAAAAGAAAAUAUCCUCUUUCCUGGAUGGGCUGUGCCAUCUCAUCUUGGGCUGUGAAGUCUGCCCUACCCCAUGCCACCAGUCUCAGGGGAAGGAAGCUGCCAGAGAACUUGGCUAAAAAAGGGGGGUGGGGAGUAAAAGAUCCAAAGGAUUAAAUUUCCAGCUCUCAAAAUAACCCCUGACUACUCCUGUCACCUCCAAAUCAGGGCUUGCACACUUCUUCAUGCUGGCAAAGUGCCACCCCUCUGGCCUGAUCCCAGGGUGCCCUGAUGAGCUAUGGACGCCCCUUUAUCUCUGCAAGACAGCCCUGUAGAGAAGCUGGGGAGCUCACUGAAUUAAGGGUGGACAUGCAAGAUGUAUUUUCUCUUUUCUUAUACUCUUACCAUUCUUCUCCUUAAUCUCUCUUCUGUCUUCUCCUCCAUCUGUCUCCAGGCUCCUGAAAGACCCCGUGAUAGUGUUUUCUAAAACUUAGUAAUUCGAGUACCACUAUCACGAUGUUCCCCUCCCCUGCUCUCCCUACCCCACCACCCCACCAUAUCCAAAUCCCACCUGUUCUAUUUGAUAGCUUACUUUUUCACUUAAAAAUGCAAAAUCUAGCUCUUGAUGUAUAGCACUGAUUUAAAUUUAAAAUCAGUUUCCUUGCCAUAAAUAGAAAGCUCCCUGAUAAAUAUAUAGUAGUGGAAUUUUAGUUGGAUAUGGCUGCUUGCUGCAGGCCUGUGCCUGAAACCUGCUGUUAGGUUAAGAAAUGCUGGAGAAGUGUUAAAAACAUAUCAGCAUCGCAGUGAGACUUGAUCUUUGAAAGAGAGACACAGAAAGACAACCGAAAAGAGAGCAGCUUUCUCAAGAGGUAAAUAAGUUUGUUGAAAUCUGAUAGGCUUCAUCCCAUUUCCUUCAACAACUGAGUACACUAUUUGCUAACUGUACUAAAAAACGUUUUGCACAUUUUUUUCUUAUUAUUUGCUCACAGCUUUUGACUACCAGAGAAUGUUUCGGAUACAGGACUAAUUCCUGUGGAUGACAGAAUGCGACCAUUGAAGGGGACAUUGGGUGUCAUCUGGUCCAAAUCUUGACCCCUUUUCAUUUUCCCCGAAAAAAAGACUUGCGGCUUGGAACCGAGGGCGGCAUGCCCAAGGUCACAGAAAGGGUGGUCUAAUGUUUUGGUUCCUGCAGCCCAGAGAACAAGCUAUCCCAUCCCACUGGAGCCUGGGCGAAAAGCUGCCCGGCCGGCGCAAGGCCAGACUUCUCGCCUUCACUGUGUUGAUUGCGGUUGCCAGGGCAGCGGCGCAUUGCUCCCCGCCUCGUCCUGGUGACGUCACAGAGCAAUGUCCAAUGGGAAAGCAGCUCGGUGUCACUCACCUCCUUUCCCGGCGGGCACCGCCUGCGCCGCGGCGAGUGAGGCGUCGUCCGUGCUGGAGGCAGGCUCCGGUCGCGGCCGCGGCGAGUUAACAUCGUUUUUCCAAUCUGUCCGCGGCUGCCGCCCCGCAAGACAGAGCCAGAAUGUUCAGGAUGCUGAGCAGCAGUUUUGAGGAUGACCCCUUCUUCUCUGAGUCCAUUCUUGCACACCGAGAAAAUAUGCGACAGAUGAUGAGAAGUUUUACUGAACCCUUUGGAAGAGACUUGCUCAGUAUCUCUGAUGGUAGAGGGAGAGUUCAUAAUCGUAGAGGACAUAAUGAUGGUGAAGAUUCUUUGACUCAUACAGAUGUCAGCUCUUUGCAGACAGUGGACCAAAUGGUGUCAAAUAUGAGAAACUAUAUGCAGAAAUUAGAAAGAAACUUUGGUCAACUUUCAGUGGAUCCAAAUGGACAUUCAUUUUGUUCUUCCUCAGUUAUGACUUAUUCCAAAAUAGGAGAUGAACCGCCAAAGGUUUUUCAGGCCUCAACUCAAACUCGUCGAGCUCCAGGAGGAAUAAAGGAAACUAGGAAAGCAAUGAGAGAUUCUGACAGUGGACUAGAAAAAAUGGCUAUUGGUCAUCAUAUCCAUGACCGAGCUCAUGUCAUUAAAAAGUCAAAGAACAAGAAGACUGGAGAUGAAGAGGUCAACCAGGAGUUCAUCAAUAUGAAUGAAAGUGAUGCUCAUGCUUUUGAUGAGGAGUGGCAAAGUGAGGUUUUGAAGUACAAACCAGGACGACACAAUCUAGAAAACACUAGAAUGAGAAGUGUUGGCCAUGAGAAUCCUGGCUCCCGAGAACUUAAAAGAAGGGAGAAACCUCAACAAAGUCCAGCCAUUGAACAUGGAAGAAGAUCAGAUGUUUUGGGGGACAAACUCUACAUCAAAGGCUCAUCUGUGAAAAGCAACAAAAAAUAAAUAGCCAUGCAUUUGAUUUGUUUAGUUUUGGUUGUUUUAACAGUUAGUAAUGGUGCUGGGUAAUAAGCAUAAGACCAAUCUCUUGCUGUUAAAUCAGUUCUGUCCUUGGCAACUUUCUUGUGAUAUCUGAAUGUUCAUGAAGGUCCUAGCUUUAUAUUGUCCCCCUUUAGGAAUAAAAUUUUGAUUUUCAACAGUG